AUGACAAUUGGAAUGAAACAUUUAAAAUUAAUAAGAAAAGUUGGUAAAGGAGCAUUUGGUUCAAUAUUUAUAGCAAAAGAUGUCAAGAAUAAUAGAAGAGUAGCAUGUAAAAUUGAAACUAAAGUCACCUCUAGACAAUUACUACAUGAAUACAAUAUAUACAUCCUAGUUCAGACAACAGAUAAUGAACGUAAUCCAGCAAUAAUGCCAAAAAUAUAUGAAUUUGGAAGAAUUCAAAUUAAUAAUGAUUUUCUCAAUUGUAUGGUUAUGGAGUUAUUAGGAGUGAGCCUUGAGAAAAAGUUUAAUAAUUUAAAAAGAAGGUUUUCUGAUGCAACUAUUUUAAUGAUUGGUAUUCGAUGUAUUGAACAAAUAAAAAUGCUCCAUUCAAGAAAUUUUCUUCAUAGGGAUAUUAAACCAGAAAAUUUUAUGUUAAAUAGAAAUGAAGACAGUAUAUACAUUAUUGAUUUAGGACUUGGUAAGAAGUUUUGGGAUUCACUUCAUAAUAGACACAUUUCAUUUAGAAAUGAUAAGAAUUUAACAGGUACAGCUAGGUAUGCAUCAGUAAAUACAGCAGCUGGAUGUGAACAAGGAAGGAGAGAUGAUUUAGAAUCAUUAGGAUAUAUGUUGAUAUACUUUUGGAAAGGUAGAUUACCAUGGCAGGGAAUAAAAGCAGAAACAAGGAAAGAAAAAUAUGAAAAGAUUUUUAAAAUAAAAUCGGAAAUUAAAAUAAAAGAAUUAUGUGAAGAAUGUCCUAAUGAAAUGGUUAAAUACAUGGAAGCAGUAAGAAUGUUAAAAUUCACCGACUAUCCAAACUAUGAUGGUUACAUAAGGUUAUUUAAAGAAGCUUUAAAAAGAAUGGGUUUUGAAGAUCACACAAAAUAUGAGUGGUUAGAAGAAGAGAAAUAA